UUGUCUAUAAUAACGUAAUACGUAGACUCCCUAGUUAAGUUAACACAAACUUCCGGUCUUCUCUCCCACGUGAAAGAAACAACAAUGGCGCACGUUGUUAAACAUAUUACAGCUGUCCCUAGUUAUAAGGACUUUGUGGACAUAGUUUUGUCCAGAACACAAAGAAAAACCCCCACAGUGAUACACAAACACUAUAAGAUCUCAAGAAUUCGUGAGUUUUAUAUGCGGAAAGUCAAAUUCACACAACAGACAUUUCAUGACAAGCUCUCUUUGAUCAUUUCAGAGUUUCCUUUGAUAUCGAAUUUACACCCUUUCUAUGCCACUUUGAUGAAUGUGCUUUACAAUACUGACCAUUAUAAGUUAGCUCUUGGUGGCAUUAAUAAAGCCAGACAGUUAAUAGACGAUUGUGCUAAAGACCAUGUGAAAUUAUUGAAAUAUGGAGACUCACUCUAUAGGUGUAAAUGCCUCAAAAGAGCUGCCUUGGGCAGAAUGGUCACAAUUAUGAAAGGCCAGUCUAAAAAUCUCCAGUAUUUAGAGGAAAUCAGACAGCACAUAAAUCGUCUCCCAACAAUAGACCCAAACACCAGGACCCUGUUAAUCACUGGAUUCCCCAAUGUUGGAAAAUCAUCCUUUAUUAACAAAAUUUCUCGUGCUGAUGUAGAGGUGCAACCCUAUGCUUUUACAACCAAGUCAUUAUAUGUGGGACAUACGGAUUACAAAUAUUUACGGUGGCAGGUGCUUGAUACUCCUGGUAUUCUUGAUCACCCAAUUGAAGAGAGAAAUGCUAUUGAGAUGCAAGCUGUUGCUGCACUUAUACACAUCCGUGCAGUAGUCUUGUAUAUAGCAGAUGUGUCAGAACAAUGUGGGCACUCUUUGGAAGAACAGCUUGCUUUGUAUAAAAAUAUCAAGCCUUCCUUCAGCAACAGACCUAUAGUGAUAGUCUUGAAUAAAAUUGAUGUGGUCAGGCCUGAUGAACUCUCAGAGGAAAAGAAAAAAAUCCUGGAUGAGUUCAGAGCUGAAGGUGAGCCAGUACUUGAAAUGAGUACAAUGACUGAGGAAGGUGUCAUGGAUGUGAAGACAACUGCAUGUGAGAAAUUACUAGCAUUUCGUGUUGAACAGAAGAUGAAGUCAAAUAAAAUUGGCAGUAUAACCAAUAGAUUACAUGUUGCUGUUCCCAAGAAAAGGGAUGACAAGGAAAGACCUGUGUGCAUCCCUGAGGCGGUGUUGAAGAAGAAGAAAGCUAUGGAUGUAGAUGGAGCUAAUCGUAAACUUGAAAGAGACAUAGAAAUGGAAAUGGGAGAUGACUACACACUAGAUUUGCGCAAAACUUGGCUCCUGCAAAAUGAGGAUGAGAAAUAUGAUGUUAUACCUGAAAUAUGGCAAGGUAGAAAUGUGGCAGACUUUAUAGAUCCUGACAUUAUGAAGAAACUAGAGGAGCUUGAAAAAGAGGAGGAGGCUAGAGAAGAGGCUCACUACUACAGUGAGAGUGAAAGUGAUGAGGACGAAGAAAUGAAAGAGAUCAGGAAAACUGCUAAAAAGAUCAGAGAGAAGCGUACCAUCAUCACCAUUGAGUCUGGAGAGAAGAGAAGGGUAGAGAAGUCCAGAAUGCCCCGUUCCAAGAAAAGAACAAGAAGUGUUGCCCAGCUGGAGAAUGAGCUGGAGGAACUUGGGGUGGAGAUUCCCCGUAAUUCUGAGAGCCAUUAUGGAAGAGCUAAGAGCAAGAGUAGAUCUGCUAGUCGUCCACCCCUGAAGAAGAAGAGAGAUGAAUCUGUGGGAUCUGUAACACGCAGUAAAUCACGAACACCUAGAGAUAAAUCUGGCUUGAGAGAUAACACAAUGAUUAGAAAGGUCAAGAAGAUAGCCAAGAAAGCCCAGAAACCCUUCAACCAUCAAGCUAAGAAGGGAGAAGGUGAUCGUGUUAUUCUCAACAUGAAGCCUAAACAUCUUUUCUCUGGCAAGAGGAAGGCUGGGAAGACUGAUAGAAGAUAAUUGUAUAUACAUGUGUUUUCUUUGUAUUGUCUGUCUGCGUUGGUGAACAUAGUAUUGUUUUGUUCUCUCUGUAUUGAUUGCAUUGGUGAAAUAAAUCUGUAUUUAACUUA